UGGGGAGGGAUAAGUGUGAAUGGUACAGUCCAGCGGGCUGCCGGCUCUAAAAUGGCGGCGGCGGCGACGAGGAGCGGGAUGUGGGCCGAGGGGCCUGAGCCCGGCCGGUUCUAUACGGUGCCCGGCUCCAACCUGGGCCCGGCCACACACACCCUGAGUCCGAUGGUGACAGGUACCUCGGUGCUGGGGGUGAAGUUCGAUGGUGGGGUCAUCCUUGCCGCUGACAUGCUGGGCUCUUAUGGGUCGAUGGCCAGGUUCCGUAACAUACCCAGGCUGAUGAAGGUGAACAACAGCACGAUACUGGGAGCAUCAGGCGACUACGCAGAUUACCAGUACCUCAAACACGCCAUCGAGCAGAUGAUGAUUGAUGAAGAACUACUUGGAGAUGGUCACAGCUAUAGUCCAAAAGCGAUCCAUUCCUGGCUGACCAGAGUCAUGUACAACAGGAGAUGUAAGAUGAACCCUUUGUGGAACACCGUUAUCAUCGGCGGGAUGAACAACGGCGAGAAUUUCCUAGGUUACGUGGACAAGCUCGGCGUUGCCUACGAGGCUUCGACGGUGGCGACUGGCUUCGGGGCCUACCUGGCGCAGCCCCUGAUGAGGGAGGUCGCUGAAAGGCAGGCGCUGAUCUCGAAAGACGAGGCGCGUCAGCUGGUCGAGCGCUGUCUGAAAGUCCUGUAUUACCGGGAUGCACGUUCCUAUAACCGGUAUCAGAUAGCGACUGUAACAGAGGCUGGUGUGGAGAUCGAGGGACCGAUAUCCACAGAGACCAAUUGGGAAAUAGCACACUUGAUCAGUGGGUUUGAGUAGAAGAACAGAGUAUUCAUAGAACGACUGAUGGAUCGAUGGGAGAUGAAAAAUUCACUCCACGCUCGCUGACUCUAAAAGAUGCCGUUUGUAUGCUACUACACCUGUGGGAAACCUAUUCACUGUAUUUGCUGCAAUGUACAUGUUUAUAUUUACUGGGGAAAAUAAACUAAUGCUUUCGAA